AUGCGCACCAAAAUUGAUAAUCGGAUACGAAUUCUUAUCGAAAAUGGUGUCGCAAAAGGUCACCGAAGCAUGUUCGCCAUUGUCGGUGACAAAGGAAGGGAUCAGAUCCCUGUUCUUCAUCAUAUUCUAUCAAAAGCAGCUGUGGCGGCUAGACCGACGGUUUUGUGGUGCUACAAGAAAGAGCUUGGAUACAGUUCUAACAAGAAAAAGCGAAUACGCCAAAUCCACCUGAAAUCUUCCGUCAGCACGAUUUCGGAAGGCGAUCCAUUCGAAGUAUUCAUUUCAAUGACGAAAAUUCGUUAUUGCUAUUACAAUGAAACGCAGAACAUACUGGGUAACACCUACGGAAUGCUUGUAUUGCAGGAUUUCGAGGCCCUCACUCCGAAUCUAUUGGCACGAACAAUCGAAACUAUUGAGGGUGGUGGUAUCAUUGUGUUACUGAUGAAGACUGUGAACUCACUGCGGCAACUGUACACAAUCGCAAUGGAUAUAGUCGUUGUCGACGAUCAACUCAAUAUUCUUCCCAUUUCUAGUCAUAUUACCACACUGGAGCCAAUACAAGCGUCUGCAAAGAAUGCGGUUUCACCGUCAGAAGCAGAACUCUCAAAGACGGUCUCAAGACUUGAUCACCAUGUUGAAGACCACUAUGAGCCAGUUGGGUCCGCUCCUCAACAAAUGCCGAACAGCUUGUCAAGGAAAAGCUCUACUCAGCGCUGUGCGACUUGGCAGAAGCUGUUGCUUUCUCGGUUACUCGAGGAACUAUUUUUGUCACGUCUCCUUCUCUGGAGAAUCUUCGCAACUCUAUUUCGAGUUUGUUAUAGAAGGCUUACACGUAUGCGAACCAGGAUUGAACAUAUCGAUUAUGAACUGAUCCAAUCUACGAAUCCUGAGUUUCAAAAGGCUCUUGUGCGAGUUAACGUUUUCAGAGAACACAGGCAAACAAUCCAAUACAUACACCCUUCUGAUGCUUCCAAAUUGGGUCAAGCUGAACUAGUAGUCGUAGAUGAAGCUGCGGCGAUACCUCUCCCGUUAGUGAAGGAAUUAAUUUUUGGUCCUUAUAUCGUUUUCCUUGCCUCGACGAUAAACGGCUAUGAGGGGACGGGAAGAAGUCUGUCGUUGAAAUUGCUCCAACAACUCCGCCAACAGGCGGCUGGAAGCGUCGUAAGCUACAUGAACUUACGAUGGAGGAAAGUAUACGAUAUAAACCUGAUCGAACAGUGGUUGAAUCGUGUGCUGUGUCUCAAUGCGGGUAAUAUUAACACACGCCUUUCAUGUGGUACUCCUCCACCGAGCGAAUGCGAGCUGUAUAUCGUUAACAGAGAUGCCUUGUUCUCAUUUCACAAGGCGUCCGAAGCAUUUCUGCAACAAAUCAUGGCGAUCUAUGUGGCUGCUCAUUACAAGAACUCACCAAAUGAUCUGCAGAUGCUUAGCGAUGCACCUGCUCAUCAUCUUUUCGUUCUCAUGUCACCAGUGAAGGAAGAUCAGUCAUCUUUACCCGAAGUGCUGGCGUUGGCACAAGUUUGUCUGGAAGGCAAUUUGUCGAAGGAAUCCGUGUCC